GGUUUGGGAGACGAGUCUGAAGCUUUGCCUGCUCCAGUGGCUGGGUUAGGGAGGGAGUGAGGCAGGAAGAGGGGCCGCUUGCUGCAGAGGCGGCCGCGGAGCAUCCCUGGUUCAGCCCCGCAGGUGUGCCCACAGCUGCCGCGCGGUCGGAUUAGCCUCCUCGGGCGUGUGUGGGGCUGACUCGGGGGCCCCUCCAUGCAGCCGGCCCGAGGGCUCGAGAACCAGCCGGCCGGCCCGUGCUAUGGCUGGGGGAGAAGGGACUGAGGCUGCAGGGAGCCAGCCCGCCGAGGCUGCAGCGGCAGAGAAGCUGUUGAAAUUGUUAUGGACCAUCUACGAAGCAGAAUGGAAGAUGGUGAACAAGUAAAAAUGAAGUCCUUCAGAGAAGCUCAUAGUCAGACAGAAAAACGGAGGAGAGAUAAAAUGAAUAACUUAAUUGAAGAACUAUCUGCUAUGAUCCCUCAGUGCAAUCCCAUGGCCCGCAAACUGGACAAACUGACCGUCUUGAGAAUGGCUGUACAGCAUUUAAAGUCCUUAAAAAACUCUACCAGUUCUUAUGCAGGAGAAAAUUACAAGCCUACAUUUAUCCAGGAUGAUGAGCUGAGACAUUUAAUCCUCAAGGUUGCAGAUGGGUUCCUUGUUGUUGGAUGUGAUCGAGGCAAAAUUCUGUUUGUCUCUAAAUCUGUCUCCAAAACACUUAAUUAUGAUCAGGCAAGUUUGACUGGACAAAGCUUAUUUGACUACUUACAUCAAGAUGUUGCCAAAGUAAAGGAACAGCUUUCUUCUUCUGAUAUUUCGCCAAGACAGAAGCUGAUAGAUGCCAAAAAUGGCUUUCAAGUCCAAGCAAAUUUCCCUGCUGGAACAACUCAUCUGUAUUCUGGUGCAAGACGGUCCUUUUUUUGUCGGAUAAAGUCUUACAGACCAUCAAUCAAAGAAGAACAGGAAUGCUUACCCAACCCAAAGAAGAAAGAUCACAGGAAGUUCUGCACUGUUCACUGCAUGGGUUAUUUGAGAAGUUGGCCUCUGAAUGUAGUGGGACUAGAAGAGGAGAGUGACAGCCAGAAAAGCAGCAGUAACUUUACCUGCCUGGUGGCCAUAGGAAGAUUGCAUCCAUACAUUGUCCCACAGAACAGUGGGGAAAUUAAAGUUAAACCAACAGAAUUUGUUACCCGCUUUGCCACGAAUGGAAAGUUUGUCUAUGUGGAUCAACGGGCAACAGCAAUUUUAGGCUAUCUUCCACAAGAACUUUUGGGAACUUCUUGUUACGAAUACUUCCAUCAAGAUGAUCACAGUAAUCUAACCAACAAACACAAAGCAGUCCUGCAGAGUAAGGAGAAAAUCUUUACCGAUUCCUACAAAUUCAAAGCGAAAGAUGGCUCAUUUAUAACUUUAAAAAGCCAGUGGUUUAGUUUCAUAAACCCUUGGACCAAAGAACUGGAAUACAUUGUAUCCAUCAACACAUUAGUUCUGGGAUGUAGAGAAUCCAGAGAAACAUCACUGGUUACUUGCAGCUCACAGUCAUCAGAAGAUGCUUCCAGACAGUCUUUUAUUAGUGUGCCUGGAAUACCUACAGGAACAGUCCUUGGUGUUGGUAGUAUAGGAGCAGAGAUUGAAAAUGAAGUUCUCAACUUACAGAGGUUCCAUUCUUCUCCAUCUCUUGCUGUUUCAAGUCCAACAAACAUCAGAGAAUCUCCAGCAGUUAACUGUAGUAAUGUGCCAAAUAAAGAGCUGAUUCAGUUAUGUUCUUCUGAAAUAGGAAACCAUGAGCCUUCAGGGCAAAGCCUUGGCAUAAUUUCUUUCUCCAGCAAUGAACCACUGCUCAGUGACAACACUCAGCUGGAUUUUGAUGCAAUGUGUGACAAUGAUGACACUGCCAUGGCUGCCUUCAUGAAUUAUUUAGAAGCAGAAGGAGGUCUGGGGGACCCGGUUGACUUUAGUGACAUCCAGUGGACACUCUAGCUCUUGUCUUUCUCUACAAAUGAGUAGUGUAUAAAGGUGUUUCAUAUACAAGGACUGUAUAUUCCUCAGUACUGUAUUAAUACUCUUGUAACCUUUCAUUCAAGUUAUUGAUCUACUGAUUUGUACUGAAUUGCAACCUGCUGAUGGACUAGCUGCAGUUUUUCCACCACUGGAGAGCCUCAGAGUUUAAUACUAAUUCUUUAUAGAAUGAGAUUGCUUAUACCCAUGGAUUGACUAUUUUAUGCUAAAAUGUUCUUAUCCCCCAUCCCCCAAAAUGUGCAUUGUAUUAAGUAUCUGUGUUCCUUGUAUGAUAGUACUUGUUUCUUUGUGUGAUAUUUGAGUUCAUGGGAUGAAUUUACAUCAUGGAUUUUUCUUUUCUUUCUGGAUCAUCAAUAAGGGCGAGCUUGUGUUAUUUGAUAUGUUUUCAAUACGUUGAGUAUGCAGCUUUUAAUUGACUAUGGGGUUUACAGAUUAUAAGGACAAGAUGAGUACCACAGAAUUGAAAGGAUGAUGCUACUUGUAACACAAUCACACAGGAUAGUGCGUGCACUCUUUAUAGGAUAGAUAGCACAGGCACCAAAGCAGGAGAUAGAGGCUGAAUCUGAUCCUCUGAGUUAGAUUCAGAGGAGGGGAGUGCAAAGAACACAUGAUGUAGAAUCAGAGGAUCUGAAUCUGAAAUCCAGUUCAUCAAUUACUGUCUAUAUGACUUUAGGCAAAUCAUUUCAUCUCUUCAGGUCUCACUUUCCUCAUCUUUAAAACGACAGACUUAAAACUAGAUUGUGUCUAAGGUCCCUUCUAGCUCAGAAUCCUAUGCUUCUGUGUCAAAUUACUUCUUAAUCAAAGCUCGCAAAAAGUUUUGAGGAAUUUGAUGUUUUAUUCGAAGGUGGAUUUGUUGUUGAUGUUGUUGUUGUUUCCUUAAGAGCUUUUUUAAGGUGCCUUAAAGCUAGGCUGUUGAUUUCUUCCUAUAUGUAAAUCAGUAGACUCUGCUAGUUACUCAGUAUUCCUACUGUCCAUUUUGGGCAUGGAAUUAUGCAUGAAUUUUCGAGCUGGAAGGUACCUUAGUGAUCCCUUCUCUUUAUAUCGAUAAAGAAACUGAGGGCCAGAAAGAUUAAGAUUAAGUAACUUGCCCCAGGAUAUAUGCUAAACAGGUCAUAUUUUGAAAAGUAUUUGUACAGAAAGUAGUUACUUAUGACUUUCUAUGUUGAGAAAGGAGCAGGCCUCACUAACCAACCCAGGGACUGGUCACUGUUUUCCUUAUAUUUAUGAGGAUAAGUUGUCACUAUUUCUCUUCAGAGUAAUAAAAAAAAAUAGUACCAUUUUUAAACUUUGAAGAUGAAUAAGAAACUCAAGUUUAACAAAAAUAUGUAACAUAGAAACAGUGCGGUAUAGUGGAUAGAGUUGGCCUUGGAAUCAAGGUGACAUGAAGUCAAGUCCUACCUAUGACACAUACUAGUUGUGUGACCCUGAGCAAGUCACUUAAUUUCUCCAUGUUUCAGGCAACUUUCAAAGACAAAGUUUCAGAGCAAUUGCUGAUAGGCCUUGACAAAGAGAGUUUCUUUAUUGGAAGUAAUUAAGUAAUUAAUCAAUGUUGCUUGGUUUACUUGGAGAGGGAGAUCCCUACACAGAGAUAAUCAGAGGUUCAGACAAUGUUAUUAUUGGGAUUAAGUAAUUAUUAAAUACUAAUGAUUAAAUUAAGGAGAAAUGUUUAGUUGUAGCCUUUCAGGAGGAUAUAGUGGAAAGUAACUUUCCCCAAAACCUUGCACCAACAGAGACAGAACCUUGAUCUAGCUAGAGUAAUGGCUUAACCCAGUGUGGGAUUUAUGUUCUUAUAUAGGCACUAAAUUUCAAUUUUUCUAAGGAGACAUAUAGAGUACAGUAAGUUUAUAAGUAGCAGUAUCAAUUAAACAAAAGUUCUCUGGAAAUAUGAAAAACAUCACUGCCAUGAGGGGGAGGACAAGUUAGCACAUAUUACUUAGAAAAACAUCUUGCUGUCACAGGAUCCUGGUAUGUGUUACUAGGUAAUGCAUAAAUUCUGGAUCUUGAGAACCUGGGAAAGGCCCAGCCCAUUUUUAGGCACAGAAAAUCUCUAGAGGGAUAGGUUUGACCUGAGACAACCUGAGCUAUAUUUUCAGAACUGAAGGCAGACCAAAGGAUCCCAUCUGCUUGGUGGGUUUAUCCAGGUCUCCAAUGCUUACCUCAAAACUAAUGAGCCCAGGGGCAGCUAGGUGGUGCAGUGGAUAAAGCACCUGGAUUCAGGAGGACCUGAGUUCCAAUCUGCCUUAGACACUUGACACUUACUAGCUGUGUGACCCUGGGCAAGUCACUUAACCCCCAUUGCCCCACAAAAAAAACAAAAACAAAAACUAAUGAGCCCAGCUAGGGUACAGUUGGAUUUGAAGGGGUCAUUACUAGGUAUGUUCUUGAAAGGCUCAUGGUGCCAGAACUUGAAGCAGGGUUUUCAGGUGUGGCAGAUCUCUGUUUUAUCUACUUACCACAAAACUUUUCCUCCUUCAAAAUAUAGGCUUUCAUAUGGGCCAUUGAGAAAAAAGACCAGUUGGUCUCUGGAGAAAUGAUUAAUAAUAAAAGCAUAUAUAUGUGUAUAUAUAUAAAUAUAAAUUGCUUUAAGGUUUGCAAAGCACUUUACAAAUAUUAUCUCAUUUGAUUGUCACAACAGCCCUGGGAAAUAGG